AUGGGAAGAAAUCGCACCAAUUCAAUAAGUCAUCGUGAAUCUGCAGCUUACACUGCAACUAAGUGCAACGAUCCAAAAUCGAUUGAACUUUUACGCGAUUUUUGGAGAGAAGAAGUUGUUUCCCCAAUCGAUAAUCGUGGUGACACGAUUCUCCAUUUUAUCGCCAUUCAUGGAAAUGUGAGUGCGCUAAAAUUACUUAUCGAGGAACGACCAAUAAGCGGUCAAGAUUUAAAGAUUCAAAAUAAAGAUGGAAAUGCGGCUUUGCACGAAGCUGCUAGGUUCGGACGAUUAGAAAUUGUGAAGGUGAUGGUGAGUUUGGAUAGCGAAAUUUUAUUCGAGAGGAAUACUAAGGGAGAGACACCAAUUUAUGUCGCGGCUGCUCAUGGAGAAAAAGAAGUGUUUACUUUUCUAGCGGAUAAUAAUUUGUGUGAUGAAUUUACUAUGACGAGGAACGAUGGAAGCACCGUACUUCAUGCAGCCGUUACUCACGAGUUCUACGGACCAGACUUUGCAAUACAAUUAUUGAAAAUGUAUCCAGAAUUAGCAAGUAAACAUGAUAAAAAGGGUUGGAGUGCAUUAAAUAUAUUGGCCACAAAGCAUUUGUCUUUUAAGAGUGGAUCCAUUUAUGCACUGCAACAAAUGGGGACUGCCCCUUUUCUUCCUAUGCAAGCCCUUGAAACCUUUAUUUAUUUCUGCAUACCAGCAAUGUAUGAAGAGUCAAAACCUAAUUACAACUUGGAGGAUCCACAUACUACUACUACUAUUGAUCAUGUUCUCAUUAAAAGAAAAAGAUCUUCAUUUGUUAAUUUCCUACUAGGUAAGGUAUCUCCAUGA